CAUCAUUGUAUGUGUUGUAGGCUGGAACUAAAGUGAUGUUUUACAAAAAAGCCGCAAUGAAACAUAACCGACUGAUGGCUGAAGCCACGGAAAAUAAAGGAUGUGAUCGGCACCUGCUUGGCCUUCAAGUGUUGGCCAUAGAGGGAGGAUUGCCCAUGCCACAGCUAUAUACAGACCCGUCCUACAUCAAGAGUGGCGGUGGAGGAAACUUUGUGCUGUCAACCAGUUUUGUUGGCUACACCCCUGUGUAUGGUGGAGUGGUACCAAUGGUUGAUCACGGCUAUGGAACAUUCUACAAAAUAGAAGCAAAAAACAUAACUACCUUUGUAUCAGCAUGGAAGUCGAACCCAGAGACAGAUGCUGUCAAGUUCACUGAAGAAGUGUACGCUUGUCUCGAAGAAAUGGGUGAACUUCUUCAGUCUCGGGAGGAAUUAGCUCGCCUGUAGGACUCUCAGUUGUGGGAAGCCUCAGAAACAUUGAGAAAUAUUACGUAUGUCAGGAAAUGUUGGAUGGGUCGUCAGUCACACUUGAUUUUAUUUGAUUGUGUCCACAUUGCAGAUGAUUUCCCUACUUUUGAUUGGUCAGAUUUGCUGUCAUGUUGCAUGGAAUCUUAUCUGGUAGUAAGAUUGGAAAGACAGUGUUACUGGGGGCCCUUAAACAGAUGUGUAAUUUAACAUUAAUAUUAUAUUACUAUGCAAUAUUUUGAAGCGUAUCAAUGCAAUUUUAUAAUAACUUAUCUUUUCUUCAAACGUCACAUUUUUUAUGUCUGUAGAAAAGAGUUGAGGUGUUGUGAUAGCCUUAGUGUUGUCAUCAGCGUGCACAUUUCUUAACCUUGGCCAACACACAAAAUCUGUUUAAGAUAUUCAAAUAAAACAUGUCGCCAUAACAAUUUACACAUAUGCAGCAUGGCCCUUAAUUUUUGUUCAAAUAAUUGCUGAGUUAUGUUUUUUUGACUGGAGAAAAAUAGAAUUGUGAUUUAGUUUGGCCCUGUGGCGCUUUUGUUAAACCUUUUCAAAAGGUUAAUUUUUUCAAUGUUUGAGUUAUCAAAACAUGUAAUUUGUAACUCACCAUUCAUGGUUUGUUAAAGUUUAUAACCCGGUUAAUUUUGAAUUGGAAAAAUACGCAAAACAUCAAAUUUGAUACAGCUGAACAAAAUCUGCUGGGAUAUGUUUCAAAUAAAAAAUAUCCCCAAAAACUGUGGAAAAUGUAUCAAAGAUUAUAACAGUACAUGUAAGAAUUUUAUAGUCCCAAAAAGGUUAAUAUAACUAAAUCAGUGUUCCUACCCAUGUCUGUAUAUAUGCAGAUAAUAUUAUAUUUAUUCCAGGAGUAAGUGUCAAAAAUGAAAUUAUUUUUUGAAUAUUGUAUGUUUAAUAUGGCACCAUAAUUGGUCUUUGUUGUUUACUAAUUUCUUUAAUUUUUGCUUAUGUUUCAAAUAGUUCGAUUUUUAUAUAUAUGGUGAAAUCUUUUAAGCUGUGAUUAGCAUGUUUAGAGCAUUUUUAUGUUUUAGUAGCAUUUUGAUUAUUUUAUCAGUUUUGAUAGGAGUCUGCAAUAUUAGACAGAUAUAAAGUUUAACCUGAAGUAGAAAACAGUUUCUGUUUCAUAUAGCAACUAGUUUCAGUUCCAUAAAGCCAAUAGGGUGAAUGGAUUUUAUUUACUCUGGCUUUUGGGUGAGACCCAUUUCUGCUGGUCUAGUUAGUUUUAUGCAUGUGGUAUUGAUAAUGUUUGUACCAUGAAAUACUGUGAUAAUCCAAUUGAAUGUUGGUAGAAUACGGAUAUGAUUUGCUUUUAUAUUGAUUUAUUUUAUAUUUUUGAUCGUCAAUGCAACACUUUUAAAAGUGUGUACAAUUAUUUUACCUACACCUGUAAUUAUGUUAAUAUGAAAGAGUGCACAUUACACAUACACAUGUAUCUUGUAUCUAAUAUGAAUAUGUAUGUUACAUUGCCCUAUUUAAUAAAUGAAGUAUUUAAUACAGAA